AUGUUUUUAAUCAUUGCGACAAUUUGGUUAUCGCAUAUUUGUCAUAGCAUUGCGACAAAAUUAGUACGAAUUGAACGACGAAUUCAUUUUGGAAAGAAUAGUAAAAAUAAUGCAAUUAAUUUUCGUAUCCCAGAAUAUUUUGAUCUUAAAGGUGAAAAACUUAAUUCAUUAAUGGAAAUGAUUAAAGAACGUACCAAUAUGUUACAACAAAAUGAGUUAAAAAGAAAUGAAAUACAUAAACGUUGUUUGUGGAUAAUUGGAGUAAUACUUCCGGCAUAUGCCUUAGCAUCAAUUAUUUGGAUUACUGCAAAUAUUAUCUUUUACAAAAGGCAAAAAGAAAAAUUAAAAAAUGGUGGUAAAGACAAUAUAUUUAAUCGAAAUCAAGAAAGACAACGUUUGUUGGAGCGAUAUAAUCAAAUUCCAUCAGUUGUUAAUUCACAAUUUGUUAAACAAACAACGUUACCUGUGACUGAAUUUAAUGAUGAAAGUAACGUUGAAACCGUGAAUUCCACGUUUGAAGCUAAUCGUGCACGUGUUGAAGCAAUAUUAAAACGUAACAAUGAACCACAAUUUAUGAGGAGAAUUUAA